AUGGUGGAGAAUGCGGGAGAGGACAUCCAGCAACGCGCAAUCAAUCGCGGGCAUUUGGGCCAGCCCAACGGUCUCUCUGUCCUGCAGAAGACCCCGGCCAACGGCCCGCAUGACAUGGGCGGCCCACUCCUACCAACGGGCUCGCUGAAGGCCCGGGCCAAGGUUGUCUAUGGCCGGGACACUCGACCUUCGGGGCACACCCUGGUGACUGCCGUCGCUGCUGCCGUCGCUGCUGCUCUCCAGGCCACAGGCACCGAGUUUGUGGAUUUCAAGAUCCAUUGGCUCAAACAAAAGGCAAUGCAGUUUGAGGACGCCAUUGCUGAGCUUCGAAGAGAAGUCGAGUCAAUGUCCACGAGGACACCGACGAUCAUCCUCAUCGACAGGGCCGUGGUCACCGGCACGCGGUACCUGAAAUUCGAAGUCCAGCUGCCCCAGGCCGUACUCAAUGCCAUGCAAGGACCGAGCCAUCCUUCACAGGCUCAUAGGAGCCAACAUCAAAGCCUUGCGAACUUUGGGCUUCGACGAGCUUUCCUCCAGGCGGCCGACACUGACCACUCCAACCGAGUGGCGAACGACGUGGCGGCACAGAAGCUCGUGCGCGAGUACCUCGAAGAUUCCAACCAUCCCACUAUGAAGCAGGUGGUCCCGAGCGUCCACGCCUGGGCGCCCGCCAGAACUACCAACCCUGCCGAUGAGAACCGAUUUGGUUGGAUCAUAUCGGAGUUCCGCAGCGGCAUGGACCCAGGCAUGUCUUGGCUUGAGAACAACAGCGACCAGGGGGCCGCAAUAUUUUCGAGCACCAUGACAUUCCUGUCCUCACACUCGAGGCACGGCCCAUCAUCGGGGCAGAGUCCCUGGGGCUUCAGGGCCUACCGGUUGAGAAUUUCGACAUGA